AUGUCUGAACAGCCACGGCAAAUGGCCUUGCAAGUCAUGGCAAGGCUGUGCGCCUUGUUCCGCAUACUGCCUGUCAUCCUAUACAACGAAGGCAGAAGCGUGUCGGUAUUCGCUUUCAUCGACGAAGGUUCGGAAAUCACCCUGCUGGAAGACAACGUUGCGAAGCAGCUGGGUGUAAAAGGUCCCGUGAAAGCUUUAACUCUCCAGUGGACAGGUAACGUUAAGCGGAAUGAGUCCAGGUCCCAGGAGGUGAACUUGGGAAUAUCAGGGAAGUGUGGUUCUGAGAAGUUCGAUCUUCGUCAAGCCAGGACAGUCAGCUGUCUAUUUCUGCCCAGUCAGCAGCUCAACUACGGAGAAUUGUCUCAGCGUUUCCUACACCUCCGCGGUCUCCCAAUGGAGAGUUAUGAAAAUGUUCAGCCGAAGCUUCUGAUCGGCUUGGAUAACCUUCGUCUAGGCGCUCCACUGAAACUUCGUGAGGGUGGACCGAACGAUCCAAUUGCUGCAAAGUGUCGCCUAGGGUGGACCGUUUAUGGGUGUGCUGGUGACAGAGGAGAAAACGCAGCUUUGGUUAAUUUUCACACCGUGGAAGCUGCGGAUACGGAUCACCUAUUGAACGAGCAGUUGCGAGAUUUUUUCACCUUGGAGAAUGACGGCCUCUUCAAUCGCAACGAAACCCUAGAAUCGGAGGAAGAUAAACGAGCGAGGAUGAUUCUCGAACAGACGACUCGACGCAUUGGUGACCGUUUCGAGACGGGACUUCUAUGGCGAAUAGAUAAUCCAGAAUUCCCUGACAGCUACCCGAUGGCGACUAGACGAUUGGUGGGAUUGGAAAGGAAAUUUUCCAAACAGCCGGAGCUCGGAGAUCGAGUACGUGAACAGAUUCAUGACUACGAGCGUAAAGGCUACGCGCACAGGGCGACUCAAGCGGAGCUGGACUCAGUGGAUCGCAGCCGAUUGUGGUUCCUGCCGUUAGGAGUAGUUCAACAUCCCAGAAAGCAGAAAGUUCGGUUGAUUUGGGAUGCCAAAGCUACAGUGGGAUCUGUCUCCUUCAAUUCUAAACUCCUAAAGGGUCCUGACCUGCUGACACCAUUGCUCGCCGUACUCAGCUCUUUUCGCCAAUUCCCGGUAGCCGUGUGUGGUGAUAUACGGGAAAUGUUCCACCAUAUUAAAAUCAGGGAACAAGACCGUCUCUCUCAGUGCUUUCUGUGGCGUGACACUCCGUCAGAAGAUAUCAAAAUAUACGUGAUGGAUGUUGCGACGUUUGGGUCUACAUGUUCGCCCGUAUCAGCCCAAUUUGUAAAAAACCUAAACGCCGCAGAGUUUUCCGAGCAAUAUCCACGAGCUGCGGUCGCCAUCACCAAGCACCACUACGUAGACGACUACCUGGACAGCUUCCAGACAGUCCAGGAAGCUACAGAAGCCGUGAAUGAGGUGAAACUCGUUCAUUCAAAGGGAGGAUUCGAGCUUCGAAAGGUCCUCAUCCAAGGAAUUUGGGCCUCUGGAACAGGUUGGGACGAACCGAUCAACGAAAACCACAUUCGACAAUGGCGCCAAUGGGUGGAUUGUUUCGAUCAGUUGAACACAUUAAGGAUUCCACGGUGCUACUUCCCCACCAUUUAUUCCAGCAAUGACAAUCGAUUAGAGGUCCACGUAUUCGUUGACGCUAGGGAAACAGCAUACUGCUGCGUCGUUUACUUCCGACUAGUUAGUGAAAGUGGUGUACAAGUAGCUCUGGUUGGAUCGAAAAGUAGAGUGGCGCCCCUAAAGACUCUUUCCAUCCCACGAUUAGAGUUGAAGGCUGCUGUUCUCGGUGCUCAAUACCUUCAAUCUGUUCUGAGCAAUCAUGAACUUCCGGUGUCUAAACGCUAUCUGUGGACCGAUUCCACAACCGUACUAGCGUGGAUUCUAUCAGACCACCGCCGGUUCCAGAAGUUUGUUGCGGUUCGAGUGGGCGAAAUUUUGACACUGAGUGAUCCUCAAGACUGGAGAUGGGUCCCGACAAAAGCCAAUGUAGCAGAUAUGGCCACCAAGUGGGGAAAAGGUCCUGUAUUUCAAGCACAAAAUCCGUGGUUUCGUGGUCCAUCUUUCCUUUAUCAAAGUGAAGAACAUUGGCCGGAACGUCGUCAAGAUAUUUCGACCCAGGAAGAACUUCGGCCAGUUCAUGCGCACUGGUCAGCAGUCCCACUGAUUGAAGCCACAAGAUUCUGCCGGUAUGAGAGGAUGCAGCGGGCAAUGGCGUAUGCUUUACGUUUCGUAGACAAUCUUCGUCAUAAACGGAGCGGUUCAGCACUACAGCUAGGCGUUCUCAACCAAACUGAAUUGAAGCGCGCAGAGGAAGCGUUGUGGAAAGUAGCUCAAGCGGACUGCUUUCCUGAAGAAAUAACGGUCCUGUCUCCGACGCAAGGAUCACCGGAUACGCGGCACGCUUGCGUGUCCAAAUCAAGCCCGAUUUUCAAAGUAUGGCCGUAUCUGGACGACCAAGGGAUCCUCCGGAUGCGGGGCCGUAUUGGCGCUGCAACAUUCGCACCAGUCGAAGCCAGAUUCCCUGCUGUUUUGCCCCGGCAUCAUCGCAUUACCAAACUUAUAACGGACUACUAUCAUCGCCGCUUUCGCCAUGCAAACAGGGAAACUGUCGUCAACGAAAUGCGGCAACGAUUUGAAGUGGCAAAGCUGCGAAGUCUCGUCGAGAAGGUUUCAAGGGAAUGUGCCCUUUGUCGCGUGAAGAAAAGUCGUCCACAACCUCCAGCAAUGGCUCCACUUCCACUGGCUCGACUGCAAGCUUUCGUCCGACCAUUUACAUUCGUUGGAGUAGAUUAUUUCGGGCCGGUUUUCGUCAGAGUUGGAAGGAGCCAAGUUAAACGUUGGGUGGCAGUAUUUACCUGCCUGACAGUGCGCGCGGUGCAUAUCGAAGUAGUGCACAAUCUGUCAACUGAAUCGUGCAUCAUGGCAGUGCGGCGGUUUGUUGCACGGCGAGGUCCGCCAGCUGAAAUCUACAGCGACAACGCAACGUACUUCCAGGGUGCGGGCAAUGUCUUAGAGAAGCAGCGUGAGCGGAUCGAAGCUCUGGCGUCAUCUUUUACAAGUGCCAGAACAAAAUGGAUGUUCAUCCCUCCGGCGGCGCCGCACAUGGGCGGAGCCUGGGAGCGUCUUGUACGUUCAGUGAAAACCGCAAUUGGAGCGGUUGCGGAUGCCCCCCGAAAACCAGACGAUGAAACCCUGGAAACAAUCUUGGUGGAAGCCGAGUUCAUCAUAAACUCCAGGCCUCUCACCUACAUUCCCCUUAAGUCAGCAGAUCAAGAAUCGCUCACGCCCAACCACUUUCUGUUGGGAAACUCCAGUGGCCUGAAGAUUCUGCCAUCCGAGCCAAUGCUACAACGAGGAGAUCUAAGGAGUAGCUGGAAGCUGGCCCAAUGGAUUUGCGACGAGUUCUGGCGUAGGUGGGUUAAAGAGUACGCACCGGUCAUCACUCGUCGGACCAAAUGGUUUGCGGAAACGCGGGACCUGAAAAUUGGUGAUCUGGUUCUUGUUGUUGGAGGAACAGCACGUCAUCAUUGGAUUCGUGGACGUGUAGAAAAGGUCAUCGCCGGGAGAGAUGGACGAGUGCGUCAAGCAGAAGUACGCACAGCAUCAGGAGUAUUACGAAGACCCGCGGUGAAGCUAGCUCUACUGGACAUCGUAGAGAGCAGUGAACCUGAUGGCGUUCAACAUGGUGGCUCCAGAGAGGAUCCAGGAUUCCAAUCAGGUUCACGGGUGGGGGAUGUUACGAUGCGGAUCCCCACCACUGUGUCAUUGUGGCCGAUGAGGCAAUUACUUGUGGUCCAUCAGCAAACCACGCCACCGAUAACCGCACACUACGAUGCGGCGAACACAAUGACCACCAAAUGA